CCCUCACAAUAAAAGCGACGCCGAUCGUAUGGAUGCUUUACUUAGCAUUCCGAAUCACAUUUUGAGCGAUUCAUUUCUCUCCGAUUUUCAAUAGCGACAUGCUGUGCAGAUUUCAAGCACACCUUUACCUUAGCAAUAAAAAUUAAAUGCAGCAUGAGAGCAUCAGGGAGUACAGCACAUGACAUUCAAAGAAAAUGGAAAUUGCAGCCGAAUGAGGCUCGCAGAUCGGUGCUUAGCUUCGUUGUACGUCACAGCUGAUCAUCAUCGUGAGCUGUCAGCCAUUAUUUUCGAAAACACACCUUCCUCAACCUUUGAGUAACACAUUUCGAGUCUUUUUUUUCUCCGAGUAUCAGGACGAAACUUGGAACGAUUACAAAGUAACGGCCAUACCAAAUCAAUCCAUCACCGCACCUCAGAACUCAAUCAACAUGGCCGAAACACACCACUUCCACGCACACAAGCUCUUCAGCAUGAAGGGUCAAGUCGCCGUUGUCACAGGAGGUGGCUCCGGCAUUGGUUUGAUGACCACACAGGCUCUCGCCGCCAAUGGCGCAAAGGUCUACAUCGUCGGCAGAAACGUCGAGAAGCUCGAGACUGCAAGCAAGGAGCACGAACCCGACCACGGAGAGAUCAUUCCUAUUGGAAACAUCGAUGUCACCAAAAAGGCAGAUCUGGAGAAGUUGGUGAAGCAGAUUGAGGAGAAGGAGAAGUGCAUUCACCUUCUUGUCGCCAACGCAGGUGUACCUGGACCCAAGGCCGAGCCUGACAAGUCUGAGGCAGGAGAACUAAAGGAUAAGCUGUGGCAAGGAGAGUCUGUCGAAGAGUGGAAUGACACCUACUCGACCGACGUCACCUCGGUCUACUUCACGACUGUUGCCUUCCUCCCCUUGUUGCAGGCUGCUGUUGAACCCAAAGGUCCUGGAGAGCGUUUCAGUGCAUCCGUCAUCACCACCUCGUCCAUGAGUGGUAUCAUGCGUCAUGCCCAGGGCCACUUCGCCUACAACACAGCCAAGGGCGCAACAGUGCAUCUGACCAAGCUGAUGAGUUCCGAGUUCAUGAAGCUCGGCGUGAGAGUCAACAGCAUCGCACCUGGUUACUUCCCCAGCGAGAUGACAGCCAAGAGCUCCGACGACAGACAGAAGAGUGAUCUGCCAGACGAGAAGGUUGCCGACAAGGGCCACGUGCCUCAGAUGCGUGGUGGUCGCGACGAGGAGAUGGGCAUGGCCAUGCUCUUCCUCGCAAAGAACACCUAUAUUAACGGAGAGAUCAUUGCCGUUGACGGAGGUGUGCUGAACAUGGUCGCUGGCCGUUAAGCACGAAAGUGGGAGUCAGCGACGUUGACGAUACGGCUCCUUGUGACAAGCGGUCAUGAGACCGGUUCCGGAAAACAGCACUACAACGA